UGUUGUGAGUGUCUGCUUAUCGGCUGUGAUAAGAAUAGAGUGACUUGAGUAAAAAUUUUGUGGGCACGAAACGCAAUAAGAUCCGCAUUGAGUUCAUUCAGUUAUAACGUUUAGUGUUCGUCGGUCACAGCCUCCCCAAAACACAAAGUUCUGCAAGUAGACGCUCCACCACAAUGUCGCAGGUAACAGCUAUCAACAAUAUCCUCUACGGCGGAAAAAUUGAAGAUGGGAUUACGAAAGAUGCAAAAUCAAUGGGACAGUUUGUCCUGGAUCGUUUCAAGGAGAUUGAAAAUCAUGUGAUUUUGGUUGAUGGGUUAAAUGGCACCGAAGUCACUGCAAAACAGUUCCGAGCAAUGAUUAUUGACUUUGCAAUAAAUUUGCGAGCUUUGGGAGUGAAGGAAGGUGUUUCAGUGGGUAUCUGUUGCGAGAAUCGGCUAGAAUUCGCCUGUACUAUGUACGGGGUAAUGUUGCUGAACGCUACGCUUGCCCCCUGCAAUGUGACCUACACAGAACGUGAACUGCAUCAUGCAUUUAGUCUAUCCAAACCAAAAGUCAUUUUCGCUUCAACUGCUACAGUUAAGAAGGUGGCUAAAGUUGCAGAAAAGAACUCCUUCAUUAAGCAUAUAGUUUGUUUUGGGGAGGUGCCGCCAUUAAAACAUAUUAUACCAUAUUCAAAGUUCCUAAAAACUGUAAAAGAUAAGCCAAAAGGAGACUUCAAAGUGAAGCCAACAAACGUACGAGAAAAUGUUUUACUAAUUUUAUGUUCAUCUGGAACAACUGGUCUUCCAAAAGGUGUUCAAUUGACACAAAAUAAUGUUUUACGCACAGCCGAUGGGCAAUUUGAAUCGAGAGGUAUCCUACAGGAAGCUACCGUUUUGAGUGUUAUUCCAUGGUUCCAUGCUUACGGAUGUCUAACUUUGAUGAUGCUGACAGCGAUAGGUGCAAGAGUAGUUUUUUUGCCAAAAUUCCAGGAGCACCACUUCUUAAAUUGUAUACAGCAAUUCCAAGUUGAUGCCGCUUUCAUGGUUCCUCCUUUGAUGGUUUUCCUAGCGAAACACCCUAUGAUCGAUAAUUAUGAUUUAUCCUCCUUGAAAAUUUUAAUGUGUGGUGCUGCUUCUCUUAGUAAAGAGACAGCAAAUGCAGUACAAGAGCGAAUUGGAGUACCAUUGAUUCGUCAAGGAUACGGUUUGAGUGAGGCUACAUUGAGCCUUACAGUGCAAAGUGAUGGUCACGACACACCGGGUAGCGUGGGAACAGUUCGAGCGGAUACAUAUGCCAAAGUCAUUGAUACGGAAACUGGUAAACCUUUGGGACCGAACCAGCGCGGUGAAUUGUGUUUCAAAGGUGAUGUUAUUAUGAAGGGCUAUGUGGGCGAUAAGAAAGCUACCGAACAAACUAUCGAUAGUGAUGGCUGGCUGCAUACAGGAGAUAUUGGCUACUAUGAUGAAGAGUUUAACUUUUUCGUCGUUGAUCGCAUCAAGGAACUCAUCAAAUAUAAAGGAUUUCAAGUUCCUCCAGCUGAAAUUGAAGCUUUGCUCCUAACGCAUCCGAAAAUUAAAGACGCUGCCGUUAUUGGUAUUCCUGAUGAAGCAUCUGGUGAACUUCCGAUGGCAUUUGUUGUUAAACACGGAACUGACAAUUUGACUCAGAAGGAGGUUAUGGACUUUAUAUCAGAGCGGGCGUCACCUGCUAAGAGGCUCCAUGGCGGUGUUCGAUUCAUUGAUGAAAUUCCAAAAAAUCCAACUGGAAAGAUAUUGCGUCGUGUAUUGCGCGAUAUGGUGAAGAAUGAGAUUAAGUCGAAAUUGUAAAUAGUAAAUGACCUAUCGGUUAAUGUGUACUUUUUAUAAGGCUAUGAUGUAUCUGAUUUUCCUUUUGUAUUGUGGCUUCCAGUGUUUAUGUAUUGUGCAAGACUAAAGAUGGUGAUUUGUGUAUCUAAACUUUGUGGUUUUGGUUGUAUAGCAAUUCCCUACAUUGUCAUUUUCCUCUCCUCCACUUGUGAGUUAAAGAUUUAUGGAUUUUUUAUAUUAGGUCUUUUUAGAAGAACGAAAAAAAAUGUGGGUAUAUUUCGAUGAUUUUUUUAAAGAAAUGACAUGAUUAAUUCAAGUUACUUAACAUGUUUCCAAGAAUCCACCCCCGGAGCUACUUCAGUUUCGAUUAACAAUUGUUCUGAUCGCUUGAUGCCUUCCGCGCCGACUUUAAGACAUAGCUAAUUAUUAAUUAGGGUAAAGUACCAAUGAUUGUUCCGUACGCUUACGAAAUACAAAUCUUUAAAUUUGUUAAA